AUGAUGGGAAAGGACUAUUACCAAAUCCUAGGAGUGUCAAAGGGAGCCGCAGACGAUGAAAUUAAAAAGGCUUAUCGAAAAUUGGCACUCAAAUACCACCCAGACAAGAACAAAAGUGCUGGAGCCGAAGAAAAAUUCAAAGAGGUAGCAGAAGCAUAUGAAGUACUGAGUGAUAAAAAAAAACGGGAUAUAUAUGAUAAAUAUGGAGAAGAUGGUCUUAAAGGAGGUGUUGGCCAAGGAAAUAAUUCUAACAACUAUUCCUAUACUUUCCAUGGCGAUCCUAGAGCAACAUUUGCACAGUUCUUUGGUUCAUCAAAUCCAUUUGGCAAUAUAUUUGGUAAUAGUGGUGGUUCAAUGUUUGAUGAUGAAAUGGACUUUGAUGAUGGUUUUAUUCGAAUGUCACAUGGACCACCUGGCAUGGGUGCUUUCAGGUCGCAGUCAUUCAAUGUUCAUGGUUCACCAAUGGGAAGAACUAAAGAAAAAGCUCAAGACCCAGCUAUUGAACAUGAAGUAUAUGUAUCAUUAGAGGAUAUAAGUAGAGGAUGUACAAAAAAAAUGAAAAUCUCCAGACGAGUGCUCCAAGCAGAUGGGACUUCUAGAAAAGAAGAUAAAGUGUUAACAAUCAAUAUAAAACCUGGUUGGAAAUCGGGUACUAAAAUAACAUUUCAAAAAGAAGGAGAUCAAGCAAUGAACAGAAUACCUUCAGACAUUGUUUUUGUAAUAAGAGACAAACCUCAUCCAGUUUUUAAACGUGAUGGAAAUGAUAUUAGAUAUACAGUUCCAAUUACUCUUAAACAAGCACUAUGUGGUGUAGACAUUGUAGUUCCUACUUUAACUGAAAAAAAAUUACCUCUCAGCCUAAAAUCAGAAGUUGUUAAACCCACAACUACAAAACGAUUUCAAGGUUAUGGACUUCCGUAUGCUAAGGAACAAUCAAGAAGAGGAGAUUUAUUGGUGUCGUUUGAUAUUAAAUUUCCUGAAACAAUUUCACCUGCAAUGAAAGCUGUUUUGUGCGAUACACUACCGUAA